UCUGACGUCGUUCGGUGGAAGAAUCGUUUUCUCUUGUUUCUCUGUCGCGUCGUCAGCGGCUCGUCCUCUGGACUGGUCGUCAGCACCAUGGACCUGGACCGGCUGGACGCCUCAGGUUUUCUACACAUCUGGACACUUCUGGACGUGGACGACAACGGUUACAUCGCAGCGACGCAGCUCGACGACUUCUUUCGUCGCGUGUUGGAGAAACUCGGAGAGAAGGGAGAAGAGAUUAGCGAGCACAACAUCAGACGACUGAGAGAAAGGUUCGUGUCGGCGUAUGACGUCUCGGCCGUCGGACGUCUGCAGAUCCAAGAGCUCGCGGCCAUGAUGCUGCCGGAGGAAGAAAACUUCCUGCUCCUGUUUCGCAGAGAGACGCCGCUGGACAACAGCGUGGAGUUCAUGAGGAUCUGGAGAAACUACGACACCGACAGCAGCGGCUUCAUCUCAGCCGCCGAGCUCAAGGGCUUCCUUCAGGACCUGUUCCUCCAACACAGGAAGUCCGUCACCGCUGAGAAGCUGGAGGAGUACACUGUCACCAUGAUGAAGAUGUUCGAUAAAAACCAGGACGGACGACUGGAUCUGAACGACCUGGCCAGAAUUUUGGCUCUGAAAGAAAACUUCUUACUGAAGUUUAAGAUGGACGCCUGCAGCCAGGAGGACAGGAAGAGGGACUUUGAGAAGAUAUUUGCUCAUUACGACGUCAGUAAGACAGGUGCGUUGGAGGGUCCCGAGGUUGAUGGAUUUGUCAAAGACAUGAUGGAGCUGGUGAAGCCCAGCAUCAGUGGCACAGACCUGGACAAGUUCAGGAAAGCUCUGCUCGGCCACUGUGACAUCAACGGAGACGGAAAGAUCCAGAAGAACGAGCUGGCUCUCUGCCUCGGCCUCAAACUCAGCUAACGUUCACACCGUUUUUUCUUUCCUCCAUCUCUCUGUUACUUCCUCUCCUCUUUCCUACUCGUCCUCUCUCUUCCUCCCACUGUGUAUCUCUCUAUCGAACGCCCAUGAGCGAAGUAU